GUUCUUCGCUAAGGAAAUCCAUAUCGUUCUUUACCACGCUUAGUAAAUUUUAAACAGAGUGUAUUUUAUACUUGGAUUUUAAGUUGCAUUAGGUUAAAUAUAUAGUUUUCAGUAAUAUAAUGGGACGAAAGGCAGAAUUUAGUGAGAAACCAAGAAAAGGACCCGGCCGAAAAGCCCGAAAGCAAAAACCGCCAACAUUCCCCAAGAAGUCCUUUGCCCCUUUAGAUAACAGUGACGAUAAAAAAUUGUCACAUCGUCAAAAACAACGCUUGAUUAAGCGAGACCAAAAGAAGAAAAUUCAAAAUGCUAAGGACAAAAAGUUUAAAUUAUUUCCGGAUGAAAAUAAAGAAGCGGAACGCAAUUUACAAAAUCACACUUUACUCAAGAAUAGUGAGAAACGAAAAUCUAUAGGAUUUUCUGAUGAGAAUAAGCAAUGGCUGAAGCCUAAAUCUACAAAAAAUAAAACGCAGGGGAAGAAAGAUGAUCUAGAACUCGAGGUCGAAAGUAAUGAAGAAGGCAGUGAUUCUGAUGACCAAGACCAAGAAAGUGAAACGGAUGAGCAAGAAUCAGGUGAACUGAGCAAUGGAAAUGAAAUUCUCAAGGUUGGAAGUCUAGCGGAUAUAUCUGAUGAUGAAAACGAAGACGCUAAUUCAAAUGAUGAUUUUGAUGUAUCUGAUGAAGAAAGUGACGAUACCGCUAGCAAUAAUGACGUCGACGAGGAUGAUGAUGUUGAUUCUGACAGUCUUUUGCCAAUAGAACGAGAAAAUAAAAAACUAAAAAGGCGUGAAGCGAAAGAAGCUGAUUUAGCUGCGAAAGAAAUGCAAAUGUCAAUUGAUCACCAGGAAAUCUUUAGCUUUCCGGAUAACGAUAGCGAAGAAAAUAAGGAAAUAACACUUCAAGAAAUACAACAACGUAUUAAAGAUAUAACUCUUGUAUUAUCUGAUUUCAAAAAAUAUCGUCAAGAAAAUCAUUCGCGUACGGAAUAUUUGGAUUUAUUGCGGCACGACCUUUGCAUAUAUUACAGCUAUAACGAUUUUUUAAUGGGAAAAUUAAUGGACAUGUUUCCAUUAACUGAAUUAAUGGAGUACCUGGAAGCAUCAGAGGUCCCCCGUCCUCUUACGAUUCGCACAAAUUCAUUAAAAACCCGUCGACGUGAUUUGGCUGCAGCAUUAAUUAACAGAGGUGUUAAUUUAGAUCCUUUGGGUAAAUGGACCAAAGUCGGUUUAGUUGUUUAUAGUUCACAAGUUCCGCUUGGUGCAACUCCAGAAUACUUGGCUGGACACUAUAUGAUUCAAGGAGCUUCCUCAUUGUUGCCAGUCAUGGCUUUGGCCCCACAGGAAAACGAACGCGUUCUCGAUAUGUGCUCAGCUCCUGGUGGUAAAGGCUCUCAUAUUGCUUCUAUUAUGAAAAAUACUGGUGUACUCUUCGCGAAUGAUGCCAAUCGGGAGAGGAUCAAAGCUGUAGUAGCAAAUUUUCAUCGGUUAGGCGUUAUCAACGCUAUUAUAAGCUGUGAAGAUGGUUGUAAAUUCCGAAACGUAAUGACUGGCUUUGACCGUAUUCUAUUAGAUGCUCCAUGCACAGGCACUGGUGUUGUUGCAAAAGAUCCAAGUGUGAAAUCAACAAAAAAUGAGGUGGAUGUCCAACGUUGUUACAACCUACAACGCAAGUUACUAUUAACCGCCAUUGAUUGUGUGGAUGCUAAAUCCAAAACAGGUGGUUAUAUUGUAUACUCAACGUGUUCGGUACUUCCUGAAGAAAAUGAAUGGGUAAUUGAUUAUGCACUUAAAAAACGAAAUGUUAAACUUGUUCCAACUGGCUUAGACUUUGGCGUGGAGGGUUUUACCAAAUAUCGUCAAUAUCGUUUUCAUCCCAGCCUAAAUUUGACCCGCCGAUAUUACCCUCAUACUCAUAACAUGGAUGGUUUUUAUGUUGCGAAAUUGAAAAAAUUUUCGAACACUAUUCCCAUGACAAAGGAGCAGCAAGAAGCAGAUGAAAAAGAAUUGGAUGAAGCGAUUACAAAUGCUGAGUCGGUGGUUAAUAAAAACACCGAUCCUAUGGAAAAAUCAGUUCACGAAGAAAAUGAACUACGAAGACCACUUGGCAAGCAUGCUGGAAAACCCAAUCUUUCUGAAGUUGAAAUAGACUUAAAAAAGAGAAAACUAGUUGAAAGCAAAACUAAAUAUAUUGCUAAUGAAUUUGAGAAACCAUUAAAAGUCCAAAAAAAGCAUAAAGUUGAUCACAAAACGGUUAGUCUAACUCCUUCAAAAAAAUCGAAGAACACAGAAUUAAAAGUCAAUAAAAGCGAUAUUCCGCAAAACGGUCGAGAAGAAGAACAGCAAGCAAAGAAUCUUAAAGUACCUAAAACAAAAAAAAUGGUAGAAAAUCUUUCAAACGUCUUGGAGGGAAAGCCACAGAGGAAGGAAAAUAAAAUAAAAAUGAAAUCUAAAACAAUCGGUCAACUUAAAAAAGAUAAAAAAAAGAUCAAAAACUGAUGUCAAUUUAAUUUAAAUUUAGUUACUUAAGUCAGAAAGCAGAUAUAUAUUUCAUCGUAUUGAAAUAAAUGUAUAUUAAUAACUAAGUGUCUUAAUAUGAACGUGUAUUUUAUUUUGAUUGGAAAAAAUAUUAAAAAUAUUUUACGUAUCUGCUCCCAAUUAAUAUAAUGAUUUUUAGCAUUUUGCACAGAAAUUAAUUCAAACUAUAAAUAUCAAUGAGUUAAACUCGGUUAACUCAAUGUUAGAAGCAGAUAAUAAAUACGAAAAGUAUCUGAUAUAC